ACUGCAAGUACCAAAUAUGUUUCUGCACUUGAAAAUUUUAACGAGUUUGAUGAUAAGCUUGAUGUUGAUAUUGAAGUUUGUUCCGAAGAGAAAGCAUAUUUGUUGGCUUUCUAUGUUAAUGCACUGUAAUGGCUCCAACCAAACCCUCUGAACCGAAAACAAAGACUGGAAUAAUGGUACUCCUGACAUGGACAUUUAACGAAACACUCUGUCUUUCUUUGUUUCUUUUUUGGGGUAAAAUCCCAAUUCUCAAGUCACCGUUGAUCCAUCAAGUCUUGCACGCAAGUUGCAACAACUGGUUACUGUUAUCCAUGACGACACUAUGUCAUAGGAAUGCUUUCAUACCAUCCGGUUCAUACCUCACCUUCACUGCUUUCAUACCAUCCGGUUCAUACCUCACCUUCACUGCUUUCAUACCAUCCGGUUCAUACCUCAUCUUCACUGCUUUCAUACCAUUCGGGUCAUGCGUCUGAUGCUUCUCGGAAGUUUUUUUUACAAUAACGUGCUUUGAUCUUUCAAGACUUUUUUGCUAGUGGUAGUGCCUUAUCCAAUACAACUUGUCUCAGUCCUGCUUUAUGUCAAUUAUGCUUAUGAAAUGGAACAUAUAUGGAAGACUAUCGUAUCAUAUAUCCCAAUUUUCCAAGAGGACAAAAGACUGCUACAGAGUAUAUAUUGACACAACUUGUCAUUACAGUGGAAAGCUGUUUUCACAUUGAGAACUGCUAGCAAUGGGGGUUGGUGCUGUUCUCUAUUUCCUUUCGACUUGUAACUCUAAUUUUUGAGUGAUUACGGGAAAUUUGGAAUAGCCAAAUAUUUUGUAUGUUUGUAUUGUAAAAUUUAUUAAAUUUGUUUCAUACUUUAAGUUAACAAGUAUCUUCUAGUCUCUGCUCCCCCUGUAUUCUUCUCUUUAUCAUUAGUCAAAGACCUAAAGAAGAUUUCCAUGGUCCCCACGACAUUGUUUUUGGAAUUACCUCUGUACACCAAUAUUUUAUCAACAAAUUGUUUACUUCAUC